GGAGACUGCGCGCUGGGGAAACUCGAGCCGCAGCCUCUGCGCGUGCGCACCGCUUCUCUUUCCGCCUCCGCUUGGAACCCUCAGCUCGGAGGUCGGUGGGUCGUGGGAGGCGGCUUCUUUUUGUACAGUGUGUCGUUUGUUGAGUCGGGUUUCCAGAGUUUCCACGCCACCUGUGAAGGUCCGCCGCGGUGGCCCACGGCUCCGCGCCUCCGCGGUUAGCCGUCGCCAUGACAGCGACCGCUGGGGGCCCUGGAUCUUGGAGUGAAAAUAUACUAGAAUAUUUUCUGAGAAAUAACCUGAUCACAACAGAAGAUGGCACUGAGAUCGUCUGGUAUCAUGCAGCUAACCACAAGGCACAACUGAAUGAGGCACUGAAAAGCACUGCUCACAUGAUAGAGGCCGAUGUCCUUCUUCCAAGUGAUGGAUCAGAAUAUAGCCAACCAAUCAUGGCCCAUCCUCCUGAAACAAAUAGUGAUAAUACUUUACAGGAGUGGCUGACUGCAGUUAUAAAAAGCAAUAAAGGCAUCAAGCUGGAUUUCAAGAGUCUGGCAGCUGUAGAACCAUCCAUGAUGCUCCUGGAGAGUGUGAAGAGGCAUCUGAAACGUCCUGUGUGGAUUAAUGCUGAUAUUCUUCCGGGUCCAAAUGGAAAUAGCAGGGUAGUGGAUGCAAAACCUUUUAUAGACAUGGUAACAUCCUUCUUUCCUGAUGUGACAUUUUCUCUGGGUUGGACAACAGGAUGGCAUCCUGAGAAAGUCAAUGAAGGUUACAGCUGGACAAUGGUGAAAGAAAUGGAAUAUAUAUGUAAGGAGCUGAAGCAGCCUGUAACAUUUCCUGUCAGAGCAGCAUUAGUCAGGCAGUCCUGUUCUCAGUUACUCUGGCUGUUAAAGAAAUCAAACAGGUUCUCGAGUCUAACUUAUUGGUGUUGAGAACCCAUAGCAUCUGAGGGCUAUUUCCCAAGCCUGGCAGAAUACUCCUGGUCCUAGAAGAGACUUUGGUACGAGAUCCAAUUUUUCAAAAAAUCAGCUUUAUAAAGUACAGUAGUUUAUGGCCCUGUAAAUUUGAUGUAAUUACUAUUUAGUCAGAUAUGUACUCAUUUAUCAAGUGGGAAAUUGUUAAAAGUUAUUCAGAACAGGUUGCUUAUUUGCUUGUUUAUUGGAGCUAGGGUCUUAGAUUUUUUCCUUGUAAUUACAAAAACUUAAGUACCUAGUGAAUAUAUAGAAAAAUGCCCUAUCUCUCACCUUGAAAUUUAAGAUAUGAGCUUGCCUAGUUGGAGCUUACACUCUGCUUAUAAUCAUAUAUUCAUGAAUCAAUGCCAGGAAAAUAGUUGAAUGGUAGAAAGAUGAAGAUAGUAGUACUAAAGAACUUUUUAUUAUCUAGAAAAUGGGAGUAUAAUGAAUGAGCGAAACCAAGAAGGUCUGAUAACCAGGUCUUGGAAGAAGCGGGGCAGGAUGCAGGGGUUCUUGGGACCUCAGCAGCAGGAGCUCAGGGUCUUUGUUCUAGUGUCUAGUGUUCCACAUCAGUGUCAUUCUUUUACUUGUGACUGUGAUUGCUUCUCUCUCUUCUUUGUACCUACCAUCCAGGGACUGUAAUUUAUCUAGUCAUUUGUGUCUUCAGGGCUCACUGGGGAGUACUGCGUGGAGGGAAGGAGACAGGCAUUUAACUAGUGUCUGAUGUGCUGAGGCUGUACAAGUAAUUCAGAAACAACUUCUACCUCAAGGAUCUUACAGUCUAGGUAGGGGAGAGAGACCCGUAAACAAUAAGUUGUAUAUUUGCCACUAUGAUGGAACUAUAUACCAGGUCAUGGUGACAGACAGCAUUUUGUUCAAAUUGAGAGGAAACACCUAAGUUGUGUCUUGAGUGAUGAGCAAGAUUCACUGGGUAGGCUAAGAGGAGGAAGGGCCUUUCAGACAUAAGCACACGAGCAAAGGAACUCUAAGUGGGAAAGAGACUGACCUGACCUGUUCAGAAAGUAUGUAGAGGCACCAUACUAUGAGGCUGGGCAUUUAUGCAGGGACCAGAUUAACUUUCUGAGUUGAGGAAUUUGCUUCUUUUCUCGUAGGUCAUAGGAAUCAUUACACCAUUUUAAGUACGGGAGCCUUAUUAUCAGUUUGAGUGUUAGAAAUGUGUUUACAAUGGCAUGAGAAGGAGAUUUGAAAUUCUAUUUUUUUAAAUUUUUAAAUUUAAAUUUUAAUUUAUUGAUUUAUUUGACAGAAGGAGAGAGAGAGAGACAGGCAGAGGCAGAGGGAGAAGCGGGCCCCCCACUGAGCAGGGAGCCCAAUGCAGGGCCCGAUCCCAGGACCCCGGGGCCAUGACCCGAGCCGAAGGCAGACACCCAGGCAACUGAGCCACCCAGGCGCCCCGAGAUUUGGCAUUCUUGAAGUGAAAGGAGAUGAAGCCCUGAAGUAAGGUGAUUGCAAAUGGGGAUGGAAAUGCUCAAGAGACAGAGGAAAGAGGUUAUGAAGGAAGAAUUUGUAAGAGUUUUUAAACUAGUUGAAUGGGGAGUAUGGGAGAGAGGGAAAAGUCUAGCAUAUGCGUUUUUUCGAUUAAGUAACAGAGGGUCAGGUGCUGCUACUAACCCAAACAGGAUAGGACAGAGUCCAAGUGUAGCCAUAUUUCUCAGUGAUUUGUUGAUAUUGCUCCUUUAUACCAAAUUGGAAAGAAAACUCAAAACCCCAUCUGCCUGCCCCUUAACGCACUUACCUCUUACUCUAACAUUAGGAAGGAUGCUCUUUUUUAUUUAAUUUGACCAGUUUUUUAAAGAUCCCCCCCAAAUAAUUGCUACUUUACUACAUAUUUUAAUUAUUCUGUAAUUUUAAAUAAGAAAACUAUUUCCAUAGUCCCACUGUCAGUGAAGAGAGAAAACAGGCAGGGCUUGAAAGGGGCUCAGUCAGCCUCCUGCCCUCUAGGGAGGUUCUUGUUUCUGUUUCUGCCCAAGAAAGAGACCAGUCUGACUAAAUCUGAUGGCUGAGCUCUUUUGGGUUUGCUUGCUGCUACAGAAUGUUCAUUAAGGCUGGUCAUUGCCUCUUUCUUCUUUAUCCUUUCCUUGGGAUAAAAGAAUGUAAUAAGAGUUCAAAAAAUUUAACUGAAAUGAUGACUGUGAGAGUCUGUUGCUACUUUGUGAAUUCAAGAGCUAAUCAAAAACUUUGGUUUGAAGUAGAAAGGCAUGAUCUUUUCACAGAGCCUAUUGAGUUCAGCCAUAAACCAGGGUUCCCUUAAGGAGUCUUUUGUGACUUCCCCAGGCAGACCUGUAGGCUUUCUCCUGAGGCACCUUCUCUGCUAGAGUAUAAUUAUUCUACAGGUUUGUGUUUUGUUCUCAGCUGUGUUGUUUUAGAGGAAGAAACUAUUCAUUUUAAUAUGAUUUCUGGUCAGAAUAGGCCCUUAACAAAUGGAUGGAUGGAUGGAUGGGUGGAUGGAUGGAUGGAUGGCACAAAACCUCAGUAAUUUUUUAGACAAGUUGUUCUUACAGUGUGGCUCACAAACCCCUCAGUCCCCCUGAGAUGCUUUUAGGAGAUUCAUGAGGUCAGAACCAUUUGUGAAAUUGUUAUUAUUCACAAAUAACAGCAUUUGCCUGUCUCAUGUUGACAUUUACACUGAUGUUGGAAAAACAAUGGUAGGUUAAAUUGUUGAUGCCUUAGUAUAAAUCAAGUUCAUGGCAUCAACUAGUAAUCAUAUUCUUCACUGCCACCACUCACAUUAAAAAGGAAAAAAAAGACUUAGAAGUAUCAUCACUGAUUUGGCAAAAAUUAUUAAUUUUUGAUGCUGAGUCAAGAUUAACAUCCCUGAGUUAAGAUCUUGGGGCACCCUCUUACACUGUUGGUGGGAAUGCAAGCUGGUACAGCCACUCUGGAAAACAGUAUGGAUAUUCCUCAAGACGUUAAAAAUAGAGCUACCCUAUGACCCAGCCAUUGCACUACUAGGUAUUUACCCCAAAGAUACAGAUGUAGGGAAAAGAAGGGCACAUGCACCCCAAUGUUCAUAGCAGCAAUGUCCACGACAGACAAGCUGUGGAAGGGGCCAAGAUGCCCUUCAACAGAUGAAUGGAUAAAGAAGAUGUGGUUCAUAUAUAAAAUGGAAUAUUACUCAGCCAUCAGAAAGGAUGAAUACCCAACUUUUGCAUCGACAUGGAUGGAACUGGAGGGGAUUAUGCUAAGUGAAAGAAGUCAAGCAGAGAAAGACAAUUAUCAUAUGGUUUCACUCAUAUGUGGAACAUAAGGAAUAGCGUGAAGGACCACAGGGGAAGAGAGGGAAAACUGAAUGGGAAGAAAUCAGAGAGGGAGACAAACCAUGAGAGACUCUAGACUCUGGGAACUAAACUGAGGGUUA